GCGCUGUUGUGUGUUUAGUAUUGUUUUUAUCUGCGGUGGAGGUGGACUGGCUGCAGCUGCUGCAUCUACGUCUGUCCUUACGUGGUAGAACUGUUUUUAUUUUUAUUUUAAAUUCCUACACUUUUUAUUUUAUGAAGCCAACGUCCUGUAGCGUAAAGCGAAGAAGAAAACGCAAGGACGACUGUAAUGUCGGACGUUACAGAAGACAGAGCCAAGUGUUUUUAACGUCAUUAGAUUUAGGGAGACCUUUGUGGGUUUUUUUGUUUGUUUGUUUUUUAAUUCGGAGGACAGCGACGUUUCAUGUGGUUCUGGACUUGCUUUUAAAGAAGACAGACAUUACGAGUAACGUUUUUACCAGCCAUGUAUUUACAUCAGUGUAGCGUCCAUUUUUAGCUCGAUGCACAGAGACUGUUAGCAGUUUGAGUCAGUUUUACGUUGCAUAAUUCAGGGACACCAGGAGUAUAAAGUGUCCGCUAUCGCGACGUUUUCGACUUUUUCAUUUUUCCCUUCAACAUGUUCGCAGAGACGUACUGUGAGCUAUGACACUGAGGUGUAGCCUCUUCUCGGUUAUUAUGUCACUGUCAGGCUUGUUCACCGUCUGCUGCUGCUUCACGGUCCUCACGGUCAUGUCUUGCAGUCUCGCCAUCAUGUAGAACACUGUCACCCGUCCAGGCGGUUUGUAGACAUUGCGUUUUAGUGGACCUUGCGCGUGAACAUGCUGAGCUUGAGUUGAUUUGUUUAACGUCUUGGGAGGAGCAAACUUCGAAGGGUUGUCCCAAACAGGCGGUAGCUAGCCAUGUUUCAAGCUGUGUCAUCUGUACGAUCACAAACAUCCCGACUCGACCAGUGGGAACGUGAACGCACCAUGUCCUGACUGCAUCUCUGAUGAGAGCUCUCAGUGCAAUAAGAAGAAGAAGCAUCAAUAGCAGCAGCAGCAUCGUCAGGAUUCACUGAGUGGAUCAUUAUACACCGGAACUGUGUCCCGAAGAACCGAAAGAGACACAAGAGAGGCUUUUUUACCGGUUUCCAGCCGUCAGCUGGGCCAACAUCCCAUCACAAUGGAGACGGUGGGGGAUUUUGAGUACAGCAGGAAAGACCUGGUUGGCCAUGGAGCUUUUGCUGUGGUGUUUAAAGGAAGACACAAGAAGAAGACUGAUUGGGAGGUGGCCAUAAAGUGCAUCAAUAAGAAGAACUUGUCCAAAUCCCAGAUACUCCUUGGCAAGGAAAUCAAAAUCCUGAAGGAGCUACAGCAUGAAAACAUUGUGGCGCUGUACGAUGUACAGGAAACCCCCAACUCUGUUUUUCUGGUCAUGGAGUACUGUAACGGAGGCGAUCUGGCCGACUAUUUGCAAGCCAAGGGAACCCUGAGAGAAGAGACACUGAGGGUGUUCCUGCAGCAGAUCGCUGCUGCCAUGCGCAUCCUCAACAACAAAGGAAUCAUCCACCGUGACCUGAAGCCGCAGAAUAUCCUGCUGUCGUACGCAGGGCGCAAAAAGUCCAACAUCAGUGGCAUCAGAGUCAAAAUAGCUGACUUUGGCUUUGCCCGGUACCUCCAGAGCAACAUGAUGGCUGCUACUCUGUGUGGGUCACCAAUGUAUAUGGCGCCCGAGGUUAUCAUGUCACAGAACUAUGACGCCAAAGCCGACCUCUGGAGCAUAGGCACGGUCAUCUACCAGUGUUUGGUUGGCAAACCGCCGUUCCAGGCCAACAGUCCCCAAGACCUGAGGAUGUUUUAUGAGAAGAACAAGAACCUACAGCCUAUCAUCCCGAGAGAGACUUCUGUGCAGCUUGACAACCUUCUCCUUGGGCUUUUGCAGAGGAAUCAGAAGGAUAGAAUGGACUUUGACACGUUUUUCAGCCACCCUUUCCUGGAGCCAACGUCCACCAUUAAAAAAUCGUGUCCAGUGCCAGUGCCCAGUGCCUCCAACACAGCGACAGAUUGUUCCUGUGGUAGCUCGCCCUGCAUCCGCUACAACUCUAACCCUUCCCUCCCAGACAUGCAGACCUUGGCAGAAGACGGUCUUUCGUCCCCGCCACUCAGUCAUCCCAACUUUCUGCAGCUGUCCAAGGAGUCCGGAGGAAGCACCAGCAGCAAGAACUCUUCAUCUGACCUCGAUGACUUCGUUUUGGUGCCGAACAUCUCCACCGACAGCUAUGACCAACCAAUAGGAGUUAGCCGUCGUCCGUCCAGUGAGUUUCUCAUGUGCGGAGGGCAGCCGCAGCCCACACCGGGACAGACCCCCAUGGUGUCCCCAAGGACAGAGACCACCCCCAUCCCUGUACCCACCCAGGUUCGGAACUACCAGCGCAUGAAGCAGAACCUCUCCAGCAGUCCAACCACCAUGCUGUAUGGCUCGCCCAGGUCUGGCACCGUGAGGCGCUCCAACACUAGUCCAAUGGGGUUCCCCAAGAUGACCUCCGGAUCCCCCAUCUCUGCAGACGUCCCUCAGACAGUGAGUCGACGCCUCUCCAUCGGCAGCUCGCGACCGUACUCCCCUUCACCUCUGGUGGGCACCAUCCCUGAGCAGCUGGGUCAGUGUUCCUGUCAUCUACAAAGCCACGAGCCUCGCAGCCGGAGCUCCUCAGGUUCCCCGUCCUCUCAGCUUCUGGGGACACGUCUCCAGAGCGCCCCUACCUUGACUGAAGUCUAUCAGACCAGACAGAAGCUGCACAAGCAGUUGUCUGACCCAGUCCAUCCUUCCGCCACCACCUCCUCCUCCUCCCUGUCCAAUAACUCCCCUCAGCUCGGUCGACCAGCCAACCUGGGCUCCUCUCCUACAAAGUUGCUGGGCUCCUCCCCGCGCACGUCGGACUGGCUGCAGAAGUCGCCGCUGCCCACCAUCAUAGGCUCUCCAACCAGAAUCAUUUCUGGGCCGUUUAAAAUUCCUAAAACACAGGCGUCCUGUAACUUGAUGGCACUAGCAGACAGCCCUAUACCCACCAGGACGUUAGCCGAUGGUAGAGACAUGUGCGCCCACCACUGCAGCCCAUACAUCAGCGGACGACCAGCGCCCCCCGAGGGCAGUCGGACGUUUGGCAGGUCGGUCAGCACGGGUCGUCUGUCUGAGCAGCCAAUCAGGAUCACCCUGGGUGGACAGGCUUAUCAAGGCAGCACGGAGAGCUUGAACACAGAGCGACCCAUGGACACGGCCCCUGCAGGUCCAGUGGGCCAGUACACUCAGUGUGGCUCAGCGAGUCCCCGCACAGUUCUGUUCACCGUAGGAUCACCUCCCAAAAGCAGCACUCCUCCGACCUGCAGCCACCUCUCCAGUCGACCACGGACAACGUCCGUGGGCUCCAACAGCUCAGCCGGUUCCCUGUGUUCUACCAGUGGGCGGGUCCACAGUGGCUCCCCCCAGGGCAUGACCAUUGGCUGCUCUCCCCCCGGAGGUUUCGGGGUUGGGCCCGGUGUUCUGGGAGCAGAGGGGGCUCCUAGCAGUCUACGCUACGUCCCUUACGGGACCUCGCCUCCGAGCUUGGAAGGAUUUAUCACAUUUGAAGCACCUGAGCUGCCUGAGGAGACGCUGAUGGAGCGCGAGCACACCGACACGCUCAUGUAUCUGCGGAUGAUGCUCUCCUUCACCGACUGUGUCCUGGAGAUGGCAGCAGUCCGAGCUGGAGGGGCGGAACUUGGGGCAUCAGCAGCCUCGCUCUUCCCUCCCCAGGACAGUGUGGUGGUGGACCAGAUUAGCCAACUCAGCAAAGAGUGGGGGCAGGUGGAGCAGCUGGUUCUGUACAUGAAGGCGGCUCAGCUCCUGGCUUCUUCCCUCCACUUGGCCAAAUCUCAGAUCAAAUCUGCUAAACUCAAUCCUUCCACUGCUGUCAAACAAGUGGUGAAGAAUCUGAACGAACGUUAUAAAACCUGCCUCUCCCUCUCCCGGAGGCUCACGGACAAACUCAACAACUUCUUCUCUGACAAGCAGAGAUUCGUUGAUGAGAUCAACAGCGUCACCGCAGAGAAGCUCAUCUACAAUCAUGCGGUUGAGAUGGCUCAGUCAGCAGUUUUGGACGAGAUGUUCAAGCAGACGGAAGAUAUCGCCUACCGCUACAGCAAGGCGUCCAUGCUGCUGGACGGUCUGUCCAAGAUCCUCCAGGACCCUGCUGACAUUGAGAAUGUGGUUAAAUACAAGGCGAGCGUGGACCGCAGGAUCUCUACCCUCUGCUACUGCACUGUUACGCUCUACGAAUAACAGACAACACACUCACUCAGACCAUGUGGUCAGACUGUAGACGGCCUCUGUCUCAGAGCCACUCGUCCCUCUUGUAGCAGUUCAAGCACUUUUUUUUUUAAUUUUCAUCCAUUUCAUCUGUAUUUAUCGUUGCUUCUUUCUAUUGGCUGUGACCAGCAAUCAUUGCACAAAGUUACUACCAAAGAUGACCACACGUCCAACGACUGAAUCCCAACCGUGACAGAAAUCAUGCACUCUGAAGUGCAUGUCAUUUAAUACGGAUAUUAUUAUUAUUAUUAUUAUUAUUACUGUUGUUGUUUUCUAACAAGAAGAAAACCAGGAUGGAAACAUCGAGACUUUUUUGUGGCUGUAAACAGACUGGAACACCACACAAAUCUGCUCAUAUUCUAAAAUAUUGAACAUACUUUUUAUCCACACGAGUUUUUCUUUUUCUUUUUUUUUUAUUUAUUGUUUGUUCUUUUUCCUGUCUAUCUUGAAACCCUGAAGUAUUGAGGUGGAAGUGAAAAAACAAAAAAGAAGUGAGUGAAUGCUUGUGGUCACUAAUUUAAAUUUAAUACAAAACUGUUGCUUAUGGAAAAAUACUAUGGCCCUAUGUUACAGAACGUUAACAUCUUUGAGAGCAAAUGAAGUGGUUGACGUGUGAUAGCUUUGUUUUGGUUUUUUUUGUUUUUUAGAUGCUUUUUAGACAUUGUUAGGUCAAGCACUUUAUAGCAGUAUGUGAGGAGGAGACGUAUCUGCAAAUACAUAAUCUGUAAACCUGAGGGUGAUGUAAGCAUCUGAUCCGAUCACUCCUGCUUUUAUUUCUCUGUGUUUAUAAAGAAACAAACUGGCUGCGAGCGUUUCCCACGAGGCCGAUCGGCCCAGUUACCGCUCAGCCUUUUUUUUUUGAGCAGUAAUUAUCUUGAGAUUUCCCAGAUUUUUCUGCACACAGUACACUGAUGUAGACUGUUAAUACUUGUAAUGAAAGGGGCAUUCCACUUGUUUUUACUAGGUUUGGGUUGUUAGUUGUUAUACAAUGGACAUGUUUACAUCGAACACUACAACAUAGAAAAGUCCUGGAGUUUGUAUAACAAGCCGGGUUCCUGUUGUAGAAACCUGUGUGUGUAUAUAUUUGUGGAGUGGAGUUUUCAGUCAACCAUGAUCUAAUGUAACGGUUCCAGUACCAGAAACCUGUCGUUACCUGACGCUUUCAGUUAUUCUUUCUAGGUCGUUUGCAGAGAAUGACAAUUGGACCAUAAAUGUUGAAAUUCAAUGCAAUUCAAUAGUUUUAAAAACGUUUCCACAUCUUCAAGCCAAAUUUGCACACAUCUAUAAAUAGAAGUCAGUGCAAAUGGUAGGUUUUUACCUACAGCAUCAUCAGUUGUAGCUUCUUAGUCCACUUUUGGGUCACAACCCACCAUUUGAGAAACACAAAUUUGAUCUGAUCUGAGAGUGGCAUUAGGAGAAGAAAAAAUGAAGGUUUGGUGGAAUACCCCUUUAAUUACAGAGUCAUGGACUACACUGCUUGUGCAAACUGUUAAAAUACUUACUGUCCUUCGCACUAGGUGAAAUUUUUUCACGUUAAAAGUUUGGAACUCCUGGGCUGGUGACCAGCUCUGACCUUCAUGGACUUUAGAUGAAUGUAAAAUGACAGGCUUUUAUUUUUUUUUCUUCUUCUUUCCUGUGGAGAUGAUGAUGAUGAUGAUUGGUCACGUAUGUUAAGACCAUACAACUUAGUGUUCAGAGUGAGCUCAGAACUCUAAAUGAAUCCACUCAAACAUUGUGUAACUGUUUUUUUUAUGUUGUAUUUUUUUUAAACGUACUUGGUUUGAAUCAAAGUUUUUUUUUUUUUCUUUCUUGUAUAUAUUUCUGUGGUUCAUCGUUUUUUAAUUUGGGAUAGGAGUGAGUGAUGACUCAGUGUGUGUGCGAGAUGGAGAAAUCACAGUUUUGAGUAUUGAGGCUUGUUGAUGACGCCAUCGGACACCUUGCCUGUAGGUCAAUAAGCACAAAUCCUUUGUACAUGUAUAUACAGAAUUUGAUACGUUUUAAUCAUAUCUGCCAGGGGAGGUUUUCAUGUAAACCUACUGUGGCACAAGAGGGCUGUGCCAACGGAUAAAACUUAACUUAUGGCAGCUCUGACAACCUUCCAGAGAACUCUUUUUACCAGGACUGUUCACUGUCAGAUUCAACACACACUAUAGUUCAGUGGCUCUCGUCAAAUUUCUUGAAAUAAGAGUCACUUUUUCGAGACUUUGUGCUUAUUUCUUUGAAUUUAAUGAGACAACAUUUGUCACUACCUUCACUGCCUAGUAUCCACCUAGUUCCUCUGCUGUCCUCCCAACAGUGUCUGUAUGUACUGUAAUAUUAAGUGUACAUAUACAUGUCUUUGCCAGGUGUGCAUUAAGGCCAGUAGAACACGGUAGAGCCAGUGAUGGAGGAAGGACGAUUCUUCUUCCGGCGAUAGCAGACAUAGGCCUUCUCAUGUACAGGUGUGAAUAAAUAGUUAUCUGUAAAAAAUGUGUAUAGAUCCAUGUACAGGCCAGUGGCCAGACCCUGGCCUGUUACACAAAAGUACUGUUUUUUUUUGUUUUUGCUUCACACAUCCACAAUUUUUACCUUUCCUCUUCCACAACAAAUGUAUAACUGAUAGAAAUCCACCAGAAUCUCUUUGUCCAUAGACUGUAACUGAAGAUGGGUGGUUUUGAAUCAAGCAUGGGUUCCUACUGACAUGUAUACAUUACCCUAUAGAACCUGUAGAUUCCUGAAUGUACAUGUCCUGUUGUUUGACGCCUCUUGAUCUGAAUGCAUUUUGGAGAAAACCCCCACUGUUAGUCUAGACCCUGAAGAUGCAACUUUUCAAACUCUUGGGGGGUUUUUUGUUUGUUUUGUUUUUUUUCAAAGAAAAUGUUGAUGUUAAAAGUGUGUCUCGCACAAAUGGGGGUCUCUGUUCUUCAUGGAACUCAAAUACAGUCUUUAAUAUUAAAGGGA